GUUCCACUGAGGAGCAAACGUCGGGCCGCCUCCUGGUUUCAUGGAUGAAUAAAAUGCUAAAGUUAAAGUUGGCACAGUUUCACAGUGUAGUGGUUAUCAGACCCACUUUGUCGGGGUGUGGAGCGAUUGAGAGGUUUUGGGAUCCCCCGUAGUGCAGUUUACCCCAGUGCCUACAACCUGGCUGCUGCAGGUGUAGAAGCUCUGGGGUUAACUUAGGCUUAGAGGCUUAGAGCGGUCCUAAAACUAUCCUCAGCAGAUGGACAACAUCUGAGAGACGAGACGACUAUCAAGAAGCAUUUUUAGCGCUUCAUGCUCUGGGGGCGGGGCUAUGGCUCCCCACAGCCUCCAGCAGAUCGUUACAUGGAGAAACCUUUUGAACUCGGGCACGUUCACACACACGGAUGCUCACAGACACAAACUAUAUCUUCCUCGGCUUCUACCUUGAAGCAUAUCGUGCGCUGUCGCUCUUGUGUGCUGCUCAGUUGCAUUCAGCAUUUAGUAGUUACUGUUACUUCCACGUAUCUAGGUCGUUGCUUUGAUCUCUGUAUUCUGUUCUAUUGUUUGUUUUCUUCUUUUAACAGCUGAUUCAACAGAUUCUCUCAGAGUCUUUCUUUCUGUUCAAUUUGUAAUAACUUAAAGUAAAAUAAAAUAAAUAACCAAUAGUAAUAGAGAUCAAUCAAGUGCUGUAUUAUAUUGGACAGAAAAACACACAGAGUCCAGACCUCAACAUUACUGAAGGAUGGUGGCUGAGAACAGAACAAACACAGAAAUCGUUUUCAGUCAGAUGUUAAGGUUUUAAAUGAUUUUGAGGUUUGGAAACUUUAAUAUUUUAUAUAUUUUAUAUAUUUUAUAUAUUUUAUAUAUUUUAUAUAUUUCAUUCUUUACUGGGAAACCGUCCUGUCAUCCAGGAAACACAAACCCAGGCUGAAAAUCACCUUCAUCAAAUGAUUGGUUUAAAAUGAUAAUAAAAAAGGUUUUUUCUAAUAUUUAGUUGUGAAUCCUUAUUUUUAAUCAACUGGUGUGAAUAACGACAACUUUUUUGUUUAGAUUGAAUUGUAUUUUAAAAUAUUAAUAUUUGUAAUGUUUUUAAUAAAGCACCUGAGAACUUCCAUAUACUUUAAGCUGUACUUUAAGACGUGUCAUUCACUGAACAUUUCUGCUGAUGUCCCAAACUGAGUGGACCUGAGCAGAUUUCGGCAGAAGUGCUGCUGAUGGGAUGGCGGGACCACCAGCAGAGGGCAACAGAGGUGCAGGUGAGUGACACAUGAGGACAACUCUGGACUUUAUGAGCUAAACUGAUUUAGCUUCAUCAGGAAGGCUUUAGGUGAUGCUUGUUUUUCUGUCUGAGCCUGCCUUUCUCCCCGUAUCUGGUUUAGGUUAGGAUCUCACAUGUGCUCCCAUUGGCUUUGGAGAGGAGUACGGUUUCCACCACACCCUGUGAUAAAUCUUAUUCUGGGCAUUUUUCUCGUGGAUCAGCUUCAGGCGCACUGACGGAACAGGACUGCUUUUAAAUUUAGACUUUUAAGCUUUUUAAACGUUGUUUAAAGCUCCAAGUCAGAGAAAAACUGUCUGCAGUUAUUUCUGAAUAUAUAUCAGUUUUUGCUUUAUUCCAGUGGUUUUUGUUUUCCGGUGUUUUUUGUUGCUUAUUAGACAAUAACGCAGUCAUUUAAACUCUUUUUGAGUCUUUGGCCUAUAAAAUUUUUCAUUUUUAAACUUUUUAAACUCCCGCAGACGUUAAAAAAAAGAGGAAAGCGUUUCUGAAUUUAAAAACAGGCUGAAUUUCUUUAUCUUUCUCUUUUGGGGCGCACGGUGCUCACCAUGUCACAGAUGCGCAGGCAACUCCUUGGCACCGCGGCCAGCGGAGUGGGCUGGGUGGGGGUGAUCGUGGCCACGGCCACCAACGACUGGGUCCGGACCUGCGACUACACCAAGGCCACCUGCGUCCGCAUGGACGAGCUGAGCUCCCGAGGCCUGUGGGCAGAGUGCGUCAUCUCCCCGUCCCUUUACCACUGCGUGGGCCUCACCCAGAUCCUCACACUGCCCGCCUACGUCCAGACAGCUCGUGCUCUGAUGAUCUGCGCCUGUUUGCUGGGUCUCCCCGCCACGCUCCUGAUCCUCAUGUCCAUGGCCUGCGUGCGGCUGCAGAACGACACCUCAGCUGUGAAGAAGCGCCGUGCCCGAGUGGGAGGCGUCCUCUUCAUCUUCAUGGCUGUGUGCAGCAUCAUAUCUACCGUCUGGUUCCCCAUCGGCGCUAAUAAAGAGGAAGAUCUGAUGUCAUUCGGCUUCUCUCUGUACUCCGGCUGGGUCGGCUCCGCCCUCUGCCUCCUAGGUGGCAUCAUCAUCUUGUGCUGCCAGGGCAUCGACCCCGGGACCCCGAGUAGGGACGACAGCUUCUACUACUCUGGGAACAGGGGGACGGCCACGCUCCUCGACCCCCCCGCCAACCACGCCAAGAGCGCCCGGGUGUGAAGCAACCAGGCGCUCUAUUUUUAACCAAGUUUUCUUUGAGUUUAAAGUCAUAUUCGCCAUCGAUGAGACAUGCCAUUAUCUGUUUACUGCUUCAAGACUAAAAUCCACCAUGAAAACGAAUGUUGGCAGGAACUGGAGGGAUUAAUAAUAAGCUCACACUCAGGAGAUCUUUUGGCCUCAAACUAGGAAAGUCUGGAGAAUCUGUGUAUGUCCCAAAAAAUAUCUGUUUCAAAAUCAGUAAUUGCAUCAAACUUACUCCAGUCCUCCGCCGCCCUGGACUCCACGCAUUGAAGCCUCAACUUUAGCAUUUUGUUAUUCUUUUAGAGAUAAAAGUCUUAGUGAUGUCUUUAGAGAGACUAAAGGAUCAAAACUCAGAGUAGCAACAAGAAAAAGACAAAGUUUUAUUAUACUGAAUGAAAAAACAAGAACGGGAUAGAAAGCCAGGAAGACGAGCAAAACAAGUAGCAUCAAAACACAACAAUGUAAGACAAACACUCAGGGCAGACCCACACUGAGGACUAACUGGAGACUGAGAAAAGCUGGUAAACACGACACAGGUUAAAGCAAGCAAGACAUAUUCAAAAGGUGGGAAAGUAAAACUCAAACCAAGGCACAAAGUACAAAAGGAAACAAAAAACUGAGACAAGAAAGCUCUCACUGGAUGAUACAAAGUAACACAAUGGAAGAAAGAACAACCAGUCAAAACAGGAAUACACAAAUCCAAUUCACACAAAACAAUCUCAACUUCAAACUCUGGCAUUACAGGAAAAAACUAAACAAACUCAAAUAUACUGUUUCUAAACCAAUCACAUGACCAGCCCCCGAGGUCAUGACUGUGAUUGGUCUGUCAGUAGACUUAACCACACGAACAUGGUUCGGACGUCCAGUUCAGGGACUCCAUGAGCCGAGGUGAAGCCUAGCAGAAAGCUUGCAGCUGUUUGUAAUUUCAUUUGCUGUACAUGUAUAAAUACAUAUUUCACAUCUUCAGCUACUCAGUCAGGAAGCAAAGUCCCCCUGUUUGACCGGCUGUGACCAUCUAAGUUAAUCGUUGUCAGCGGCUCUUUGUUUUCACAUUAUAAAUAGCAAACUGUUGUUUUCAUGGUCACUUUAGUGUUUAUGAUACUUUUAAAUUGCAGCUCAUAUUUAAUCCCCCACUUUUUUUUAUCAUUUCUUUUUACUUUUAUGUUAACAGCAUAAUCAAAAUAAAUCAUCUGCAUACCCACAGGGUUAAAUUCUUGUCUGUGUUUAGAAAAAAGGCUUUAAAAUCUCUUGGGCUCUCUGAAAACACCCAUACACAUUUAAAUUAAGAUUCAUGCUUUCUUAAAUUUAUGUUUUACUGAAUAUUAUUUCUGUAUGAUAUGAAU